CAGCCCGUGGUGUCAGUGACCUUCGGCAUGAACGACGACUACGUCUGCGUCGCCUUCGCCGACGCCACGCAUGGAGUGGUUCACCUGGACUCUGGACGGUACGUCGCGCUCCGCGUCGGCCACAGCGGCGCCGUGCGGUCGUUCGUGAUGGCGCCGCGGCUGCGCGUCCCGCCUGGGCUGGCCAGCAGCAUGCCAGAUUCCGAGGGUUUCGCCCUCGCGCGCACGCUGUCCUUCCUGACCUUGGCGGGCGACCAGACGUGGGUGACCUGGCCGCGCAGCGGCGCGCCGGUGAGGGCGGCCCUGCGCAGCCCGCCCAAGGCGCCGCCCGCCGUGCCCCCGCGGGAGAGCUACGCACCCCGCGGGGCCGCGGACCAGGCCGCCGCCGC